AUUAUAAUUUAAUAAGUGGAACACCACGUUUCACUUUUACCGAGCUACACAUUCACUGAGAAAUUGUGAUUUGGGUUUUUAGGGUUUGUGAAAAUGCAGAGGUGCUGUUCGUCUGCCGGUCGAUCUGUGAUAUCUAAACGAUGGUUUUCUUCAUCAAGCAAUGAUAAAAUUGUUGCUUCAGUGCUCUUCGAGAGAUUACCAGUUGUAGUUCCCAAAAUUGAUCCUACUGUAUAUGCUUUUCAAGAAUUUUCGUUUCGUUGGAGGCAGCAGUAUCGGCGAGAGUAUCCAGAAAGUUUUCUGAAGAAGUCUGAUACCAGGGGAAAAGGUGAUUAUCAAAUUGAUUAUAAACCAGCUCCGCGAAUCUCAGAAGCAGAUAAGACUAAUGAUCAAAGGUCAUUACAGCGAGCACUAGACAGGAGACUCUAUCUUCUAGUCCAUGGUACCACACAUGGUAGUGGAAAGCCUGUCUGGCAUUUCCCUGAAAAAGUUUAUGAGUCUGAAGAGAACUUGCGCAAGUGUGCUGAGUCUGCCCUAGAAUCUUUUAUUGGAGAUCUUUCACAUACAUAUUUUGUUGGAAACGCCCCUAUGGGUCAUAUGGUCAUACAACCCACUGAAGACAAGAAAAUUCCGUCAAUCAAGCGCUUCUUCUUCAAAUCCCAAGUCAUUGCAGUCAACAAAUUUGAUAUUAGAAAGUGUGAUGAUUUUGUCUGGGUUACAAAAGAUGAACUGUUGGAAUACUUUCCUGAGCAAGCUGAAUUCCUGAACAAGAUGAUCAUCAGCUGAUGUUAGUUUCUGGUCAAACUUCAGGCUUGGUAGGAUACGGAAAUAGUUUUGAUUAUAUCCUGAUCUGAAAAAUCCACUUCUUUCCGCAAAUGUAAUGGCUUUGAUUGCUGGAGACCAAUUUUAUGUUCCGGCAGCAAGAAGAUCUGACUGCAAUUUGCCAGUGUGCCAUUCAUCAAGUUUUGUAGAAUUUUGAACAUAGGAUACCUAAAGUUGUGAUGGCCUUCUAUCUCAGUUAUCACCAUUUCUCUUUGUGAGAUGCUAUGCUCAGAACUCUGAACUAGUCAUGCAAUUAAUUCAGUAUGAAUAUACUUGUAGAUGCAUGAUUUCAUGUCGUGUCAUGAAAUAAAUAAAACAAAUUACGUGUUGUAGCUAUAA